UGACAAUUUUUGCAGUUCCAGUUGUUCCAGUGCAAAAUUUUGACGACAGAGUUUUCUUCAGCGCAAGGAAAAUUCUAAGGCUUGAUUAUAUUAUCACCCAGUCGAAGGCCCAGCACAAAUAACCAAAAAUGAAAAUCUGUGGACCUAAACUAUCCCUUUGCGGAUUGAUUAUCUCUGUCUGGGGCAUUGUUCAGCUGGUGCUCAUGGGCGUCUUCUUCUACAUCAAUAGCGUGGCCCUGAUUGAGGAUUUACCCUUGGAGGAGGAAUAUCACACUCUUGAAGCCUUCUAUACAGCUGCCAACAGGGCCUACAACCAGAAUGCCUACAACUGCUGGAUUGCCGCCUGCAUCUAUGUGUUGACGCUGCUUCUCUCUGCCCAACAGUUCUACAUGAACAGCAGGGUGACUGCCAACUAAACUGGAUAUGAACUUCAACUUUUUAUCCAGCACACACACACAUUAGUAUUGCAAUGUUCAGUUGAAAAUAUUUGUUAAAUUCAUUUUACUUAUUGUAUAAUAUUCCCAAAGUUUUUGUUGCUGGAGUGUAUAUUGAAUCAAAUACUAUAAUGUUUAAGCCUAAACUUCAGUUAUAUACAGUGUACGUACGUAAUAUAUUUGUUUGUCCAUAAAAAGAAAAAAUACAUUCCUCAGUUUGAUUACUUUCUAUCUAAUCUAAUAUAAUUAGCCGCAUAAUUAUAUGCCUACGAAACAGUGUAUUCAUAUCGGUCGUCUUCAGCAUAAGCCAUGGUCUUGUACAUCUACUGAUCUACUGUUAAAAAUUCUUGAUUAAUACGGACCCUCAUUCAUUGAUAUUAUGUAUUAUUCAGAAAUAAAUGUAUAUUGUUAACUAAA